ACUACUACUACAAUGAAAAAUAACACUUGUUCGUAAACAAUUGCUCUUACUAUAGUCAGCCAUCGUAAUAAUAUAUAUUAAUUUUAUAGGAGCGACCUACUCUCUUUCUCUUUUGUGUAAAGCUUGAUUUUUCUGCUUUUCCCUCUUAACUGUUACUGUGAGGAAAGGAUCAUAUUUUACAAAUAACCCUUGCUAGCGAUGCUCAAGUUUCUCAAACAUGACAAUGGCCAAAUAACUACUAAAGUUAGGUGUAUGUGUGUCUUCAUAUGUAAACUUAGGGGUAAUUUCAGGUUAUUUCUAAAAUACAGAUUUUAUUGGUGCAAACCGUAACAAUUGCCUAGAGUUUGAGUUGUGGCACAUGCUGGUCGUGCGUUUGAAAAUCAGUCGAACGUCGUUCGCACACACGAUAAGUCACGUGCUUCGAUGCGAGCAACAGCAUCGCUUAAGUAGAAAUAUUUUCAAAAAAUUUUUCAAUCAAACUGAAUAUUUGAGGUCAAAAAAUUUUUUAUUGGCGUGUUGGGUUUUUGAGAAAAUUAGGUAAUUUUAAAAAUUGACCGAAUGGAUCACAAUGCAGCUUUGCACUGGAGCUAUGGCGCAGCCGCAAUACCAACUACACCGCAAAAUCAUUGGAGUAUACCUCCUCCACAAGCAUCAUCUACCACCACAACGCCCCACAGCCUGAAGCGUGCCAUGUCUGAAAGUGAUUGUGAAGAACUUUAUUCGGAAGAAUCAUCUAAAGAACAGAUCUCUCCUAGCGAUGCUGGAAGUUGUCAGUUGAUGAGUCGCAAGAAGCGGCGUGGAGUCAUUGAAAAGAAACGUCGCGAUCGCAUUAACUCUUCGCUGUCGGAAUUGAAACGUCUUGUGCCAUCGGCCUAUGAAAAGCAAGGCUCAGCAAAAUUAGAAAAGGCAGAAAUAUUACAACUUACUGUCGAGCAUUUGAAAAAUCUUCAAAGCAAAGGUGCGGACGCUUUGAGUUAUGAUCCGCAGCGUUUUGCUAUGGACUAUCAUAUUAUCGGUUUCCGCGAGUGCGCAGCUGAAGUAGCCCGUUAUUUAGUAACGAUUGAAGGAAUGGAUAUACAGGAUCCUUUACGUUUGCGUUUAAUGUCACAUUUACAAUAUUUUGUACAGCAACGUGAGUUGUCGGGUAAAGGUUGUCCAGGCAGUACUAGUGGUUGGUCAGCACAUUCUACGGCUGCCGGAUAUCAAGCAAAUUGUGCAGUGGCGACCUACCAAACUUAUCCUGCAACUGCCAGCCAUCUCGGUGCAGCAAGUUCUGGUUAUGCUACAAAUAUACCAGCAGUCGGUUUACAUCAAUAUCCUCCUCUCUCUUUAUCACCGAACUCAACGCAUUUACAUGCGCAACAGCAACAAAAUAUUCAACAAAAUGGACGCUCUGAUUCAGUCGGACCAAACCAAGAUAAUACAACAAUGACGCAUGCAAAUCAUUCUAGCGCACAGCAAACCGCCGUGGUUACACAGCCCCACCAGACUCAACAAACGCAACAACAACAACAUGUUACGCACUCUCAACACACACCGAGCAACUCACACGAACCCCAUCAACAGCAGCAACAACAACACGACCAACAACAAGGCAUUCAUCAUCACUACACCCACGAUCAAGGGGCCACUUAUAUUGAAUUGACUAGCAGCCACCCACAUCAACCACAUAGAGAUCCCACAGCGACGGCUUCUAGCGGUAGCCUCACAUAUGCAGUGCCUUCACAAUAUCCGGCAACGGUGGGACAAGAUUACAAUACCAAUGCUGGGGUAUAUGUUACUGCUAAUGGCUCAACGAAACCUUAUCGUCCUUGGGGAGCUGAAAUGGCUUACUGA